AAGGACAUUUAUUUCGUGGGUCUGUGUCUGUCGAAGACUGGUUGAGGGUGUGAUUGAGAGGGAGUGUGUAACGGGCAGUGUGAGAUUUGGCUCCACUGAGGUUUGCAGCUUGCGGUGCUUGUUAGCCUGGACAGUAACAACUUGCUGAAAAGACCAUACAGAACGGAGCACAGACAGGGAAAGGGGCACAAGGAAUGAAAGGAGCAUAAAGGGAGCAGAAAAAAGGAGCAAAGGCACGACAGAGUAAACGCCGCAGACACGAGAGUGACAGACGACAGAGACUGGCAGAGAACGAGGAAGAGAAAAAGGGGGAGAAAGAGACCAGUUGUUUGGAGUAGAUAGUACACCAGACACCGACAGAGGGAAAGCUUGCAGACUGGUGCUGGCAUGGCAGACGCAGAUUUGGACUUCCAGACCGGCGAUGCUGGGGCAUCUGCCACUUUCCCCAUGCAGUGCUCUGCCCUGCGCAAGAACGGCUUUGUCGUGUUGAAAGGUCGGCCCUGCAAGAUUGUCGAAAUGUCCACCUCCAAGACUGGCAAGCACGGACACGCCAAGGUCCAUAUGGUCGGUAUAGACAUCUUCUCUGGGAGGAAGUAUGAAGACAUCUGUCCCUCUACUCACAACAUGGAUGUUCCAAACAUCAAGAGAAUGGACUACCAGUUGAUCGGAAUACAGGACGGGUACCUGUCUCUCCUCCAGGACAGUGGGGAUGUGCGGGAGGACCUCAAGAUGCCUGAAGGAGACCUGGGAAAGGAGAUUGAUGCAAAGUAUGAUGCUGGAGAGGAGAUCCUGAUUACUGUUGUAUCUGCGAUGAAUGAGGAAUGUGCAGUUGCUGUCAAAGCCAUGGCUAAGUAAAGUACUGCAGGGGUUGCAAGAUGUGUUGGACCUGAAAAAGGAAAGAAUACGACCUCAACAUUGCUAUUCUUCCUCUUUCUUCUUUUUCUUCAAAUCAGCCGGUCCUUCUUUCUUUCUGUACUUUCUGGCCCUUCUUUGGGUUAAGUUAGAAAUUUAAAUUUAAUAAAUAACAGGAAAUUAAAUACAAAGGAAAAAGUCUUUAUAUAUACAUGCAAGGUAAUGGUACAUGCUAAUAUCAGUAAAUAAAGAUUUAACAGAAAAAUA